AGACGAGCUCCUCUCCCGGGUUUUUGGGUUUUCCUUCUCCUCUCGUUCUCUGUCCCUCCCACAGACAGACCCUGCCAGUCGCUCUCUAAUAAUCCCCCCCCUCGACUGAGUUCAUCCUCCACUAUGACUAGUCACGAGAAGACCUUCGUUGACCCGGAGGAGAAGAAUGUCUCCCAGGUCACUCCUACCGGAAGCUCCCACGAGGAGCCAGAGGGCGAAUGGCGUGAUCAGGAAGACUUCUUGACCCGCAAUGGUUUGAACCUCAAGUCCUUCCAGCGACGUACCGGCAAAGUCGAGCUCGACAAGUCCAUGAAGCCUCGCCAUCUUCACAUGAUCGCCAUCGGUGGUUCCAUUGGAGCUGGUUUCUUCGUCGGUUCUGGUAAAUCCUUCUCCGAGGGUGGCCCUGGUGCUGUCCUGGUCGAUUUCUCUCUUAUGGGUAUCAUGAUCUUCAACGUCGUCUACGCCCUUGGUGAACUUGCCUGCUUGUACCCUGUCUCCGGUGGUUUCUAUACCUACUCGACUCGCUUCAUCGAUCCUUCCUGGGGUUUCGCCAUGGGAUGGAACUACGUCUUCCAAUGGGCCAUUGUCUUGCCGCUUGAAAUCACGGUUGCCGGUCUCACAGUCGCAUAUUGGCCGGUAGAUGUUUCACAAGCCGUUUGGAUCACCAUUUUCUGGGUCAUUCUCAUCGUUGCCAACAUCUGGGGUACUUUGGGUUACGCCGAGGAAGAGUUCUGGGCGUCUUGUCUCAAGCUUAUCGCUACCAUUAUCUUCAUGAUCGUCGCCCUCGUGUGCGUUCUCGGUGGUGGUCCCAGCAACGGUAAAUACAACGAGUACUGGGGAGCCCGCAACUGGUACGACCCAGGUGCUUUCAAGAACGGUCUCAAGGGUUUCUGUGGUGUCUUCAUCAACGCUGCUUUCGCCUACUCUGGAACUGAGCUUGUCGGUCUUGCUGCCGCCGAGACCAAGAACCCCGUCAAGAGUCUUCCCUCUGCCGUCCGUCAAGUCUUCUGGCGUAUCACCCUUUUCUACGUUCUCGGUCUCACCUUUGUCGGUCUUUUGGUCCGCCACGACGAUACCCGUCUGCUCGGCUCCGGUUACAUUGAUGUCAAGGCUUCUCCUUUCGUCAUUGUCGGCAAGGACGCUGGCCUCAUCGGUUUCGACAGCUUCAUGAACUUCAUCAUCUUGGUCUCCGUCAUCUCCAUUGGUAUGUCUGGUGUGUACGGAGGUUCGCGUACCCUCACUGCCCUCGCCGAGCAGGGUUACGCUCCCAAGAUCUUCACCUACAUUGACCGUUCUGGACGUCCUUUGUUCUCCGUCGGCAUCAUCCUGCUUAUGGGUGCUCUUGCCUACAUGAACUUGGCUGCCGACGGUGAGCUCGUCUUUGGUUGGUUCAUCGCUCUUUCCGGUCUCGCUGCCCUCUUCACCUGGGGAUCCAUCUGCUUGUCCCACAUUCGUUUCCGCAAGGCUUGGGCUUACCACGGCCACACCCUCGACGAGAUCCCCUUCCGUGCCGCCGGUGGUGUCUACGGUUCCUGGUGCGGUCUCAUCAUCAUCAUCAUUGUCCUCAUCGCCCAGUUCUACACUGCCAUCUCUCCCCGUGGCUCCAAGGUUGGCACCGCCGAGGAGUUCUUCUCCGCCUACCUCGCUUUCUUCGUCGUCAUCUUCUUCUGGCUCAUCGGCUACUUCUGGAAGCGCCAGGGAUGGCUCCGCACCGCCCAAAUCGACGUCGACACUGGCCGUCGCGAGCUUGACUGGGACUACAUCAACGCCGAGCGCGCCCGCAUGGCCGCUCUCCCCACCUGGAAACGCACUCUCGCGAGGAUCUUCUAA